GCGAAGGAAAAAGGAAAGAAGAAGAUACUUUGUGGUUUUUUUUUGGUGUAUAAAAAAGGCUGAUUUUGCAGGUGGAGUAAGUUUUAUUGAAAUAAUUAAUUAAAUAAAUAAAACCAAAUACAAAAUAUACCCAAAAAGAACAACGAAUUGAAAAUGGCUCAAAUGGAUCUUGAAUUGAAAAAGGCAUUCACCGAAAUGCAAAUUAACAAAAUUGAGACCACUAAAAAAAUGAAUAUGAUCGAUAUGAAAUGCAGCAUGGUGAAAAAUGGAAAACAGAAAUAUGAACUAACAGAGAAAGGCACCAGCGAUCUGACGGAUGAUACAAGAGUCUACCUUUCUGUGGGACGCAUGUUUGUCCUAACCGAUGUAGAGAAUAUGCGCAGCGAUCUCAAGGGAAAGCAAGAAAAAUGUGAUAAGGCCAUCGAACUGCUCAAUAAAAAGAAGGAAUUUUUAGUGAAAUCAUUAAAAGACCAAGAAGAUGGCCUACGCGAAUUAGUACAACAGCGCAAGGAAGCCGAUGCGGCGGCAAAAUGAAUAUUUAAAUCUUUAAAUUAAGUUUGCUUAGUUUAUUCAUAUACAUACGUAAAUUUCUAAAUACUAAAUUCUGUUUCCCAAUAUUUUCCUCCAAAUAAACUAAUAUAGACGUUCAAUAAAAUA